AUGCUUUCGAUUGCCCGUAAUAAUGGUGCACGCACCGUUAUGCCCAUGAUAAGUCAGCUAUCCUCAUGCUCCAAAUACAUGAGAAUGCGCUCCAUGGUGGCUGCUGGUCAUGGAUUGAUUCAUAAACAAACCGUAGGAAACUCUAUGCUUGCAAAUAUUCUGUGUAAAAAGCAAAGAGAGGAGAAACCUGAUGUUCUAUGUCGCAAGCAAAGGGAAGAAAAGCCAAUGAAUGAGAUGUUGCUCCGCAAGCAGCGAGAGGAGAAGCCCUCAAAUGAGAUGUUGCUACGUAAGCAGCGGGAAGAAAAGCCGUCCAAUGAGAUGUUGCUUCGUAAACAGAGGGAAGAGAAGCCCAUGAAUGAGAUGUUGCUCCGCAAGCAGCGAGAGGAGAAGCCCUCAAAUGAGAUGUUGCUUCGUAAGCAGCGAGAGGAGAAACCUUCCAGUGAAAUGCUGCUCCGUAAGCAGAGAGAAGGAAAGCCAUCAAAUGAGAUGUUGCUUCGUAAGCAGCGAGAGGAGAAACCCUCUAAUGAAAUGUUGCUACGUAAACAGAGAGAAGAGAAGCCCAUGAAUGAGAUGUUGCUUCGUAAGCAGAGAGAGGAGAAACCUAGCAAUGAGAUGUUGCUUCGUAAGCAGCGGGAUGAGAAACCCACUUAUGAAAUAUUGUUUCGUAAGCAGAGAGAGGAGAAGCCCUCCAGUGAGAUGUUGCUCCGUAAGCAGCGAGAGGAGAAACCUUCCCAUGAGAUGUUGCUCCGUAAGCAGCGGGAAGAGAAGCCCACUUAUGAGAUAUUGGUUCGUAAGCAGAGAGAGGAGAAACCCUCAAAUGAGAUGAUGCUCCGUAAGCAGCGGGAUGAGAAGCCCGCUGACGAGAUGUUGCUGCGUAAACAGAGGGAAGAGAAACCAAUGAAUGAGAUGUUGCUUCGUAAGCAGCGAGAGGAGAAACCUUCCAACGAAAUGUUGCUGCGUAAGCAGCGGGAUGAAAAGCCAUCAAAUGAGAUGUUGCUUCGUAAGCAGCGAGAGGAGAAGCCCUCCAAUGAGAUGUUUCUGCGUAAGCAGCGCGAAGAAAAACCAGGAAAUGUGAUGCAGCUCAAAAAGCAAAGGGAAGAAAAGCCAACAAAUGAGGAAAUCUCUUGUCGCAAGCAGAGAGAUGAGAAGCCCGUAAAUGAGCUAAUCCUUCGCAAGCAGAGAGAUGAGAAGCCUAUCAAUGAAAUGCUAUUGAAAAAGCAAAGGGAAGAGAAGCCCCAAAUUGCAGAUCUUACGGCAAGCAUUUCAUUCGAUAAAUCCAUACUGAGCAGCCUUAUUUACAUCAGUCAAUAG